CUCGUCCUGAUUUUAAUAGACGCAAAUAAAGUCGUGCAGAUAAGCGCGUGGAAGGCAUUGUUUGCAGGAACACAAUAACGCCUGUCGGCACAUAACGUCGCGUUAACGCUUCUCCGCUUUGGAGGAGAGAAAGAGAGUGAGAGAGAAGGCAGAUUGAGACGAAGGAAAUUGCUCAAUUACAUAGGAUGACAAACUUGAAGAUAAUAGAUGGUUUAAAUGAACCUGUGCAUGUGUUUUGCUGUUCCACAGCAUAUACACAAGGAAAUUUAUAAUUAUACUGAAACUUAUGCAAACCUGAUUAUCGCGAGUCACAUGAUGCCAUUGGAAUUUAAUAUAAUUUUGCACUCCACACUAUUGAGGAAAGUUUUCUUUUUUUUCUAUUUCACAUUCUGAUGCAUAACAAUAUAUUCAGAAUGUACAUGUCAUUACAUGCUCAUUAGCAUGUAAUACGUCACUGCAUUAGUGAUUGUUCCCAUUCUUUUGACAUACAUGCACAUAAUUAAAGGAUGUUAACAAUUUUAAUUGAUUUUAUCUACAUACUGUAUUUUUAAAUUUAAAAAAAAUACAAUUUUUGCAACGUAAGCAUGUGUUGCAGAAUUUUACCUUCUGGAAUAUUUUUAUCUUUAACAUAUGUAUGUUCAUAUAUGGAAAAGGCACUGAAGUUGAGAGUGCAGCUGUUAAAAAGGCUCCCUAAAAUAUUUGUGUAAUUAUAUUUGUUAUGGUUUCUUUGUAUAAUUAUGUAAGAUGUUAUUCCUACAAUUUCAUAGAAUACACUUGACAAUUGAUACCAUAGUUACUUUGUAUCGGAGGCAAAAGACUGAGUUAUUGUGUAUUGCAAACGAUGUAUUAUACUAGGCUCUUACUCAGAAUGCAAGUGUUUACUAUUCAUUAUGUAACACAGUUCGACGGCAGUGAGUUCUAUUUCUGGUUUCCUUUUCAGACUGCUAUCUGUACCAUACACACUUCUCUGUCUAAUAUCCCAGAUCUUGGUUUUUUUGUUAUGCAAAAUGGAUUAUAGAGACACUUAUUUUAUUUGCAAAUGCAAAGUAAAUUUACUAAAAUUAUCCAUUAGAAUCUUUGAUAUACUUUUACUUGUGAAUUCUGAAUGAAUGAAUACAACCCAGUUGACAGUCACUGUCCUCACAUUAUCAGGAAGUCAUCUUAUUUUAAAGUACUUUUGUGACAAAUGACAAGAAUGCAAGCGUUGACUCCCGGCCCUGGUGGAGGAGGAGGAGUGGGAGAGGUGUUGUACAGAAUGAUACGACAAGAAGGUGUAUUAAGGCCAAUUAGGGGUGUGAGUGCGGUAGUGGCUGGUGCUGGCCCCGCGCAUGCCUUAUACUUUUCCUGCUAUGAGUGUCUUAAGGAGAAGUUCAAGAGCACAAGAUCUCAAUUUAAUCAUCUUGUCUACGGGGCGGCUGGUUGCGUAGCGACAGUUCUGCACGACGGUGUUAUGAACCCGGCGGAAGUGGUCAAACAGCGAUUGCAAAUGUAUAAUUCCCCUUAUAGGAAUGUAUUGAAUUGCAUACAACGCGUGUACCAGAAAGAAGGGAUAUUUGCAUUCUAUAGGAGUUAUACGACUCAAUUGGCUAUGAAUGUGCCUUUUCAAAGUAUUCAUUUUAUCUCUUAUGAAUUCGUACAAUCCAUUACGAAUCCAGAGCAUGUUUACAAUCCAAUAGCACAUAUUGGAUCGGGUGCAACGGCAGGUGCAAUUGCGGCUGCGGCGACAACUCCUCUGGACGUUUGUAAGACAGUGUUGAACACUCAGCAGGAUGGCGUACACGCUCAAGGCAUGAUAGACGCAUUUAAGCAGGUCUACAGGUUUGGCGGAAUACAAGGAUAUUUUCGCGGAUUACGUGCACGUGUCUUAUUCCAAGCACCAGCCACUGCUAUCUGUUGGGUGAUAUACGAGUCAUUCAAAUAUAUAUUACGAGACAAGCAAGAUGAUGAGUUUAAUGACACCGAAAUCGAUAACGGCGUGACUGGAAUUAACCAGAAUCCAAUGGCAUCAAGAUCCAACAGUUUUCAGGGUGCAGGUCUGUACUUUAACAAUCAUGCCUCAUCGCCUGUGUUACUCAAAGUAACCACAAGUUAGGUGUGUAAACACAUUGCACCAUUUGAUUGUCCAUUAAAGACAGAAAGGGAGAAAAAAAGAAAACUAUUUCGUUAUUCAGGAGUUGUUAAUGGAAGUAGGUAUCUUUCUUUAUAAGAGUCUAUUGACAAUGAAUAUUUCGUUAAUUCGUCCAUUUGAGCAGCAUUUUUAUGCAUGUUCUACGUCGCAAAGAAACGGAAAUCGAUACUAAAGAGAGACAAUAGUAACAAAGGUACGAAUUUAUUGAAUGUUAAUAUGUAAGCUUCUUCGAGUAUUGUUAACACAAAACUGCGUCAAAUAAUGACGUCGAUAAUGUUAUUUUCUUUUUUUUAUUUCUGGAUUUCUGAUUGAUUAUUGAUCUAAAGAAGCAAAUCUGCAAGUUGGUAUAAGACAAAAAAGACUCUUGUUUUUUUAAACUUUAUAUAUUAUCGUACCUUAUGCUUUCAAUAGAUUUUCUGUCAUAUAAUCAGUAUGUCACGAAAUCAAUAUGGAAGUAACACAUACUAUUGUUUUAGAAUAUAAUUGGAAAAUGACUGUUAAUUAGCAAUACUAAAUUUGGAAUCACAAAGUAAUUCAUUAAUUCGGGUACACCACUGGCUGCCAUCCAAUGCUACACAAUUGAAGUAGAAUGCUAUUAUCUAUUAUACUGUUCAUGUGGAGUAUCAUUGAACAAUCAGCAAAAUGUCAAUUUGAUAUAUAUCAGCUUGAAUGAGAACAAGCUGUUAAUUGUCUUCUGCUAAUUUGCUAUUAAUUUAUAAAUAUACAUAUGAAUUUGCAUUUAAUUUAUGUAAAUAAAUUUUAAUAUUCUACUAGUAAUCUAUAUUGAUACCUAAUUGACUUGAUAAUUUUAAGACACAAAAAAAUUUAUAAUACAAAUUUAUAUUUGUUUACAAGUAGAUAUAUGACAAACUGCUGCGAUGAAAGUAUUCCAAAGGGAAUAUUAAAUUGACAUUUCUUUAAGCAUUCUCCAAUAAUAAUUCUCCAGUAAUAAUCGAAUAUUUUUAAGAAAAGAAGGACCGAGAUAUGCCACUUGAAUAGUGAAAAUAGAUUAGCACAUAACGCAAUUAGAUUGCAGCCCGCUCCAACAUUGUACCAUUAAGUAAGCUAAGAAAACAGUGGGAUGCAUGCAAGAAUUUCAUCGAUAAUAAAUGACACUUUAGAGCAUAAUUAAGUGUGCAUAAUUAACACAGGAUCAUUUUGCAAACAGACAUUUACAAAAUUAGACAACUCUCAUAAUCAUUAUUGAAAGGACAUUAAGAACAUUAAAAUCAAUUGAUAUUUAACGUUAAAAAAAUUAUACAGAAACUACUUAAUGAAAUUCUUAAUUGAUGUAUAAUACAAUGUAACUUUGUGUUCAAAAUUAUAGGUACAAUUGGAGUGAAUUAAAUUAAUAGGAUAUGAUUGGCUAUCUUGAAUUAAAAGCAUUAUAAAAAGAUGUAAUUAUUUUAUAGAAGACUGUAGAUAAAACUAUAAAAUAUAUUACAGAUGUACAGUAUAAAAUAAAUGAAAAAAACCAGUGUAGAAAAAAUGGAACUUAUUUGUAAAAGUACGAUUCCUCUUGAUUAUUCAAGUACAAAUGAAUAAAAUGCUCCUUAGUCAUUUUGUAAUAAUGUAUAAAUAAAUUAUGUAUCUAAAUCAUAUAUGAUAUAACCACAAAUAUUGCUUCCUAUGGCUGUGAUUACUGGGUCAUUUGAUGUUGACUCUAAGAGGGAGUAAUAUCAUGUAAAACUCAUAUUUCACGCCAUAUUUAUUUAUUGUUACGACUUUUUUAAUAUCCUACAUCGUUGGUGAAUAAAUCAUUUGAUGUUGGAAAAAAAGGAAAUACAGUAUUCACAUAUGUAAAGAUAUAUGUAAAAAGAAAAGCGGCAAUUAAAUUUAAAAUGAUUUUAUGAAGUAUGUAUUUAACUUAAAUUAUCAAAGAUAUUUUUUUAUUUUGGAGAUUUACAGCUAAUCUGUCGUUCGGAAUAUUCAUACAGGUAUGCGCCUAUUAUACGCAUAUAAGUGUUUUGCAUGCUAAUUUGUGUAUGUAGAUUAGUAUGUUUUUAUUGAAUUUAACAGGACAUUCAAUUUGUCGUUAAUACUUUUCAUUGUAAUUUAUUAAUCCUUGUAUAAAUAGUUGUAUCUUGAAAUUUUGUCCUUACUAAAUCUCGAAUAAAUGCUUAUUUCUCAGGUGUUACAGGAUUAUAAUAUACUGUACAUAAUAUAUAUAGAACGUUUACCGAUCUGUUUUCUAAAAUUUCAUCACAUAAAUUAUUGCGACCAUAUAUUAUUAUGUAACAUUAAUCAACUUUACAUUUUCUACGUUUUCGCUUUAUAAGCAAGCGUUUAUUUUUUUUUCUUUUGAGAAACAAGCUGUAUAUAGUUGAUAUAUAUGCUCCCACUGGUAUUACAAAAAAUAUAAAUGUAGGGUACAUAUUGAUAUAAUAAGUACAUAUUGAGUUUGUGUAACACAUUGAAAUGCAUUAUAUAUAAUAAUGAUGUAAAUAAAUCAUUCUA